UAACAAUCUUGCAUACCUUUUGAUUUUGUAGAAGCCACCACGUAUCCAUGUUGUAACUGCUCUGAUCACAUAUUUUGCAAAACAACAACUUAACCUUAACCAACAAAAAGAAAAAAAAAAUCUCCGGCGAAGAUGGGCGUGGUUGAUUUGAUCACUAGGGGUGAUUCCAUCUGUAAGAAGUAUGACAAGUAUGACAUCGAUAAACAGAGAGAAGCUAAUGUCUCCGGUGACGAUGCUUUCUCUCGCCUUUACUCCACCUUCGAAUCUGCACUCGAAACUGUUCUUCAGAAAACAGAGGAUUUGUCGCCUGAGACGAAUAAAGCCAAAGCUGUAGCGAUGAACGCGGAGAUUCGAAGAACGAAAACUCGAUUGCUUGAAGGGAUUCCAAAACUUCAGAGGCUUGCUCUCAAAAAGGUCAAAGGGAUUUCGAAGGAAGAGCUUGAUGUUAGAAAUGACUUGGUUUUGUCAUUGAGAGAUAAGAUUGAGGCCAUACCAGAUACCUCUGCUCCUGUUGUAGGUGGUUGGCCAGGUUCAACAUCAUAUUCGAACAUCAGAUUCGAUACUAAUGUCUCGGAUCACAGAAUUGGUAGUGAAUAUUUCGAGCCAACCGAAGAGUCUGAUCAGUUUAAACAAGAAUAUGAGAUGAGAAGAAUUAAACAGGAUCAAGGAUUAGAUUAUAUAGCUGAAGGAUUGGAUACACUCAAGAAUAUGGCUCAAGACAUCAAUGAGGAACUUGAUAGACAAGAACCACUCAUGGAUGAAAUAGAUACAAAGACUGACAAGGCAGCUACUGAUUUGAAAAGCACCAAUGUGAGGCUCAAGGAUACUGUAACAAAGUUGAGAUCGAGCCGCAACUUCUGCAUAGACAUCAUCCUCUUAUGCAUACUCUUGGGAAUAGCUGCCUUCAUCUACAAUUCAGUGAAGUGAAGGAUGGUGAUCCCUGAGACGCUAUAUAUGCAUCAGCAUACAUGUAGAAGCAUGUUUCAAGCUAGAGUCAAAAGAGGGAAGAUUCAUUUUUCGCAUGUCUAUUAAAAUAGGUGAUUUAAUUUAUCCUAUCGUUCUAAUUGAGAAGAAUAACAGUAAACUACGAAAAAAAAAUAUGCAAUUCCAUCUAAAAGAUUGCUAUAAAGACAUUACAAAAGCAAGUUUAUGCGCUCCUACUUCAAGAGAAGAAAGAAUACACAACAUAGAUUUGCAAAUGACAUCCCAUCAUUAAUCUAGCAAAAUAUCCACCCAAGUUCAGAUUUGUGCGGUGUUGCGAUUCAGAUGCCAAACAGUUUUGCAUUUCAUGAUGUGACUUUGAGGUGGAGCCAACCACUACAUAGCUCUCUGUUUCCAACUGUGAAAUGCAAGCAAUGUUCUUGGAGCACAAGUGUUUUGUAGCUAGCAGCACCAGAACCUCCGAGAACAUUGCUUUAACAUAUUUUAUUUUGGGUGUUUUGGAUACCUUUUAGAUAGAUACUUCAAGAACAUUGCGCCAUUACACAGACACGUAUACAAAAAG